UAUCAAAACCAAAAAAAAAAAAACAUCCUCUCUCUUUCUGUCUGUCAAAAUUUCCUUCAUUCAUGGCUUUCCUACAAUAUCAUCAUCAAUUUCCACUUCUUUUACUCUUCUUCUUCUUGUUCCUCUCUUUAGCACUUUCUUCACCAAUGUCCAUUCAUGAUCUCCUUAAAUCCAAAGGCUUACCAUCUGGUCUCCUCCCAAAAGAAGUAAAAUCUUACAACUACUCAUCAAGUAAUGGCCUUCUUGAAGUUUAUUUAGAUGGGCCUUGUUUGACAAAACUUGAUACAAUGGCCUUUUAUGAGAGUUAUUUUAAGGCUAAUCUUACUUAUGGUUGUCUUAAUGGUGUUCAUGGACUUUCACAAGAAGAACUUUUUGUGUGGCUACCAGUUAAAGGAAUUGUUGUUGAUGAUAUAAAUUCUGGGAUUAUACUUUUUGAUAUUGGAUUGGCUCAUAAACAACUUUCUCUUUCCCUUUUUGAAGAUCCACCACAUUGUAAUCCAGAUGGGAUUCUGAAAAAGAACACUGGAAGGGACAGAUAUUUGAAGCACAAAGAUAGAAGAGACGCCCUUUGAAUAUUAUCUUGUGACUUAUAUACCUAUAAUAGUGUAGUACAUAGUAGCAAGCUUCAUAUUAUAGGAUAACAAGUAUUUAUCUCUUUAAUUAGAAGUCUCGGGUUUGAGCUCUGUGAAUGAAAUCGAUUUUGAUAAGAA